AAACAACUCGGAAUCAGAUCUUUCUCUCGUACACCUCACUCGAAAGUCCGCUGGCGGUGGGAUGAGUGGAUUGUGAGAUAUUGAGGACACCUCUGAAAUUCGAGGUAUGUCACUCCCUUCCUGUCAAUUGCACCGCCCCGCUUCUCAGGUUGUCUCUGUUCCUGCAUGGGGUGUUUGCUGAAUCCAAACCUAAAGUAAAGCACGCUUUGUUUAAAUUCAAUGCAGCGCGGCUGACCAGUCUACAUGUCCACUUGAGCUUAAACCUCGUAUGCUUCUUAUCCGAAUCAGAUCGGCAGGGUUUUAAUCUGCACUUUUCCCUCUCAAGUCCGGAGAAAGUCUGGAGCCACGGAGCAGCGACAGAUGGGGAGAGAGUCCCACCUGAAGACGGCUUCGAGCUACCGAUAGCGCGCCGUACUCUCGAGAUUCCGGGACACCAUGGUCACGUCCAACUACACGCCGUGGGCUAACUGGACGGCGGGACCGGCAGACCUGUCCCCGAAACCGGCUUCGGUUUUCAGCAUCCUCGUGCUAACCCUGCUGGCGAUGCUGGUGCUCGCUACUUUCCUCUGGAACGUCUUAGUUCUGGUCACCAUCCUGCGUGUGAGGACGUUUCACCGGGUCCCGCACAACUUGGUGGCCUCCAUGGCCAUCUCGGACGUGAUGGUGGCGGCGCUGGUCAUGCCCCUCAGCCUAGUCCACGAGUUGGACGGACGGCGCUGGCGGCUGGGCAAGGUCCUGUGUCAGGUCUGGAUCUCCUUCGAUGUCCUGUGUUGCACGGCCAGUAUAUGGAACGUGACGGCCAUCGCCCUGGACCGCUACUGGUCCAUUACCAGGCACCUGGAGUACACGCUGAAAACGAGGAAGAAGAUCUCCAACAUCAUGAUCGUCCUGACAUGGCUCCUGUCCUCCGUCAUCUCCCUCUCGCCACUCUUCGGCUGGGGCAAAACUUACUCGGAGCAGGACGAGCAGUGCCAAGUGAGUCAGGAGCCCUCCUACACCAUCUUCUCCACCUUCGGGGCGUUCUACCUGCCCCUCAGCGUGGUCCUGUUCGUCUACUGGAAAAUUUACAAAGCUGCCAAAUUUCGGAUCGGAACCCGCCGGACCAACACCAUCACCCCGAUGCCUGAGGUUGUGGAGGUGAAGGAGGCCUCCCAUCAACCUGAGAUGGUCUUCACUGUUCGCCAUGCGACCGUCACCUUCCAGACGGACGGCGAUACCUGGCGGGAGCAGAAAGAGAAGAAAGCCGCGCUGAUGGUCGGCAUUCUCAUCGGGGUCUUUGUGCUGUGUUGGAUCCCGUUCUUCAUCACUGAACUCAUCAACCCCCUCUGCUCAUGCGACAUUCCCCCGAUCUGGAAGAGUAUUUUCCUCUGGCUUGGGUACUCCAAUUCUUUCUUCAACCCACUGAUAUACACCGCUUUCAACAAGAACUACAACAACGCCUUCAGAAACCUCUUCUCCAGGCAGCGGUGAAGCACUGUGUUCAAAUUCAGGACACAUUUGGAAUGCACAGGGAAUGGGGCGAGCAGCGAAGGUGCCUUAAAGGCAGCAAGCAGCAUUCAGUGUGAUGUGAGCAGCAUCCUUCUUACCCUGGGAGCACUGAGCAUAUCUCGUAGAGCUAAGUGACUGUAAAAUUCAUUUGCAACCCAUGAUGUCAAGAAAUAUUCCGUCCAUUUGAUAUAUAUAAACAGUUCACUUGCGCAUCUCUUCGUGUAAUACACCUAGUGCGUUUUUCAGAUAGUAUGUAUACUUGGACCAGAUAUGAGGGAAUGCUACUUUAUAACUGGCUUUUAAUAAUGAUAGUCUACUAUUGUGCGGACAAGUGUACCAUAUUGAAUUCUUAAUAUAUUAAGAACACUGACUCAUCUAACAUAAGUGAAAAUUCUAUGAAGUUUCUCUUGGAUAAUAGACAGUUAUGAAGGUUUUGCACCAUCUUUUGCCUGAAAGGUUGAGUGCAUAGUCCAUGCUGGCAUCCUGUGGAGAUCACCAGCAACUGAAAAGCCACUUUUCUGCCAAUUCAUUAUCCUGAUCUCAAGGUACAUUUGACCGCGUGCUUAUGGGAAUGUUUGCUAGGCUUGUCGCUGACAUCUUGUCAUCCUGAAUUAGCUGUGCUUUGAGUCCAGCUGUUCCUGUAUAACUACAAUGUCAACAUCUAACCAAUAGUAUAUAUAAUUGCUCAGGUAUAUCUUGUCUGCAAGAAGCAGGAUAAAUCCAAUCCAUUUAACUACUGCCAUACGAAUCUAGAUUGAAGAAUCAGCUGUUAAUAUAAUGUAUAUUCAGUGCUUUCAUCCUGAGGCACUGUCUCUCACUACAGCAAACUCACUGAUUCUGCCAGGACUGGGCAUGAGUGAUCUUCAUUGCAGUUUUGAACACACUUGGAUAAAACUGAACAAAUUGAGUAUGAUGAUCCUUGACACCAAGUAGCUCUGGUAAAAUCUGAGCCAAUGGAGAUCUGGGAAAAAUUCUUCACUGUGUGGAUUCAUAUGUACACGGAGGCACUUACGUGAAGGAAGACAGUUUUGUUUGUAGAGGGCUGAAAUUCUCGCCCUUUGCUGAAACUCUUUGCAUCUGGGCUCUUGGGUUAUAUUACUACAUUUGUGAAUUCUCUUCUAAAAUAUCAGAAAUUAGGAUGUUCGCUGAUGAUUGCAGUGUGUUUAAUUCUUCAGAACUCGAAGCAGCCGGUGCCUGCACGCAGCACAACGUGAACAACAUUUUCGGGUUGAGAUGCUAAGUGAAAAAUGGCUUUUGCAUCACGCAAGGGCUAUUGGAUGACUGCCUCCAAGUGGUGUUUCACCAUAUCAGCUUGACAUUCAGCAACACUACCACAGAUCUGGAUGUUGUUACCAAUUAGGAACAUAGUUAGUCAAAUCCUUUGUAUUCUGUAGUGAGUGACUUGCUGCUUCAAUCCCCACCAUCUAUACAAGUGGAAAGGAAUGUUCUCUACUUGCCAGGGUAAACAUUGUUCCAACAAUACUCAAGAAGUUUUGCACCUUCCAAGGCAAUUCAACUUGGUUGAUUGGUUUCCAGUCCACUACUUUAAAUAUUCAUCCCCUCCAUCAGCACUGUAUCAUGGUUAUAUACAGCAUGUAUUAACUACAAUAGUUCAGGAUGGAUUAGAUGGGCCAAAGGGCCUGUUUUGUGCUGUAGUGUUCUAUGACUCUAUGACUCUACAUGAUAUAUUGCAGCUUUUCACCAAGGAGUCUUCAACAGCUUGUUCCAAGUGAAGACAUUUCCCAUUUGCAGGCACAUAGAAAUACUGUUAUCACCAAGUUCCCACUAAAGCUGUGUACCAUGCUGGCUUGUAAUAUACUGUUGAUCCUUCAUCAUUGCCAAAUCAAGAUCCUGGAGCUCCCUGCCCAAGAAUGGUUUGGGAAUAUGCUUAUUAGAUUGAUAAUAAAGAUUCAAGAAGGCAGCUCACCACUAUCCUCUCGAGGCUGAGAAGUGAUGACCAAUAAAUGCUGGCAUUAUCAGGAAUACCCAUGUCCGUCAAUGAUUAAAUUUAAUAA